AUGCAUCGACCGCGGUUAACGUUGGUUCUGCUGGGACUGCUCACAGCCGCCUGCGCAGAAGUCAUCCACAAACGGCAUGCACCACUGUCAGUGGAACAGAUCGAGCAUAGGCUGCAAGAAUGUCCUGUGGUCCAGGCGUUGAAUGAGGAGAAGAUCCAUGGCGCUCCUCAAUCAGCGUCCUUGACCUCGAAGCUAUUCACCGUUCUGUUUCCUUCGUCGUCACCUGCGAUCAAUGCCCUACUGGCGACUGCGUACAUAUCAGGUCCACCCAAUUUCCUCCUCGCGCUAUGCCCGCCCAACAUCGAUCCGUCUUCUCUAAGUGUGAUGGUGGCCUUCGCAGUGGGAGGACUGCUGGGAGAUACACUGUUUCAUCUGCUUCCGGAAAUUUUCCUUGGGGAGGAUGAGCCAGAUAAAGUGCGAUUCGUAAUGCUUGAACCAAAUCGAAAUCUGCUUUUGGGCGUUGCUAUACUGGUCGGCAUCGUCACUUUCACGGCUAUGGACAAGAUUCUGCGUAUAGCUACGGGCGGCGGCGGGCAUACACACGAUCAUUCAUCGCAAGAGCACUCCAACGGCGCAGCUACAACGACUGCAACGUCGCCAAAGUCUCAAGAGAAGGAGCUGCGCAAACGCAAGGCCUCUCCCAAAUCGAAGGUCGACACGCCGUCAACCACUUCGAGCCAGAAUCAAUCAGUCAAGCUUGCAGGCCUGCUCAACCUGAUCGCUGACUUUACGCACAACAUCACCGACGGCUUAGCCCUGUCUUCGAGCUUCUAUGCCUCCCCUGCGUUAGGUGCGACUACGACUAUGGCUGUCUUCUUCCAUGAGAUUCCACAUGAAGUGGGCGAUUUCGCCUUGCUUAUCCAGUCUGGUUUCUCCAAGAGGAAAGCGAUGGGAGCACAGUUCAUCACGGCUAUCGGAGCAUUUCUGGGCACCUUCAUUGGCAUUUUCGUGCAGGAGUUUGGCGGCAGAUCUGGUGCAUCUGAUGACGCCCAAGCUACUGUUGGAAUCUGGGGCACGAGUCUGCAGUGGGGCGACAUGCUGCUUCCAUUCACUGCGGGCACAUUCUUGUAUGUUGGCACGGUUGCUGUCAUCCCAGAAUUGCUCGAGACUGGCAGCAACAAAAGCGAAGAGAUCAAGAAGACCCUGCAGCAGUUUGGCGCCAUGUUCGUUGGUGCUGCUAUCAUGCUUGCCAUCAGCUGGUCCUAA